AUGAAGGCUCUUCGUAGGUCGAUCAAAGGCGAAAAGCCCGAUUCAAAAGUUCAACAUAUUUCUCUCACGCCCAAAUCUGCCGUCGCAAUUGUCCCUCCCAAAAAGGUUAUUCGCGCAUUGUACGAUUAUGAGGCAACAUCAAAUCAAGAAUUGGGUUUUACGAGGGGCGACUUCUUUCAUGUUAUAGGACGAGAAAACGAUACGGAUUGGUAUGAAGCAUGUAAUCCUGCAGUGCCAGAUGCGAGGGGUUUGGUACCUGUUGCAUACUUUCAAGCGUUAGGAAAGACUGAGCGGGAUAGUGGUCAAUCUCUAUCAGAUAAGUCGCCUAUGGGUAUGAAGGUGGAUCAUGAUUCGGGUUAUUCCGACAUGUCCGGUUCAGGGACACUGGCGAGUCCACCAGAUAGCGGUGGAGGUCAGAGAUUUUCAAAGACAAUGAAAGGCACCGGCGCGAUGGUUUACGGAGUGGUUAUGUACGAUUUUGCGGCGGAAAGGCCCGAUGAAUUGGAAGCCAAGGCGGGAGAAGCAAUCAUCGUGAUUGCUCAAUCGAAUCCAGAAUGGUUUGUCGCGAAACCCAUCGGGCGACUUGGGGGCCCAGGACUAAUACCAGUUGAUUUCAUCGAGAUACGCGAUAUGGGCACUGGAAAAGCGGUGCCAAAUGCGCAAGAGGCAGUUCAGAGGGCGGGUGUGCCAAAAGUGGAAGAAUGGAAGCGAAUGGCCGCCGAUUACAAGAACAGCAGUAUUACCUUGGGCAAAUUCGAAGUUCCCAAUGGCUCUUCACAACAACAGCAACAACAACAAAUCCAGAAUGGCAUGGAAAGAAUGAGUCUGCAACAACAGAACUCAAGGCAGAGUCAGCAGAAUGGUCAAAGCUAUGACCAACGGCAAUCACAACAAGCAAGAGCGGCGGCUCAACCCGUCCAACAAGUUCCGCAAAACCCAUAUUCUGUGCCAUCCAAAUCGACGUCCCAAUUAUACGCUCCAAUAUCAGCGCGGAUACCACGAUACUGUUUCGCGGAAGAUAAAUACUGGUUCGUGAUCGAGGCUGCUCUGGAAGAUGGGAGACAUUGGGAACUUUCGAGAUAUUACGAAGACUUUUACGAUUUUCAGAUUGCUCUCUUGACAGAGUUCCCAGCGGAGGCGGGAAACACUGGUACGCAGAAAAGAAGCUUGCCAUAUAUGCCAGGACCUGUCAACUAUGUGACAGACGCGAUUACCGAAGGAAGACAACAUAAUCUUGAUGCCUAUGUCAAGAGCCUCUUGACCCAACCACCAUAUAUCUCCAGAUGCACUCUUGUUAAGCAGUUCUUUGCGCCUCGAGAAGGGGAUUAUGAGAUGGAUCCAAACGCAGUUGAAGAAGAAUAUCGUCUAUCGGGUGGUUCACAACAGUCAUCAAACGAUUCAAGAACACAAGCAGCAUCCAGGCAAUCUUCGAGGGGCGAUUUGAGCGGUGAAAACUAUUCGAGCGGGGCACCUACUGGCUUAACAGCCGCCCCAGGUCAUCAAAGAGGACAAUCAUCGUUAUCAGUUAAUAAUGGUCAAGGUCCAACACGUCAGACCUCAUCUCUCUCUCAACCAUCCAGCAACUCAUUAUUAUCUCCAGCCAAUAAUGUCAGUGGGCAACAACCAUCUCCAUCCGCUAUGAAGGUCAAGAUCUAUUUUGGUGAUGACCUGAUUGCCAUUCGAGUACCUACCGAUAUUCAGUUCCAGCAGCUUUAUGAGAAAAUCAGUGAUCGCUUGAAGAUUCCACAAGGGGAUGAAAUUGCACUAUACUACAAGGACGAGCCCAGCGGAGAAAAGCCCAACCUUAUGAGCGACAAUGAUCUAGACGUUGCUCUACAACGGAACGACAAGCUUAUUAUUUACGUCGAAUAUCAAUAG